AUGGUACUUAACACCUGUGGUGGAAUCAAUUGCCCAGAUCUUUCCAUUUCUGUGUUUCAUCCUGAAGGACAAGUUAAGACCGAAGCUGGGCUGGUUGAGGGUCUGCUGGAUUGCAGAGUCGUUUUGCACAGGCUUGAGCGGACGCUGUCCCAGGCAGACCAACAGACCACCUUCUGGCAAGUUCUGCAGGAGGAGGAGCAGGGCGGAAGUGCCCAGGCAUUUGGUGAGGGGGAGCCAACUUCUUCCAAGGUGGAGGCGUCUCAGCAUGAGCUGGAGGAGGAGCUGGAGGAGGGGCCUGGGACAGUGCCACUCGUAAACCAAGGAAACGGACCAUUAACGGCAAAGACAUGUGAAGAAAGACGUGAUGAAAUGGGGUGUUGGAACAAGAUGGAGAUACCUCAGCAGGUGGAGUCAUCACCAGCAGAAGCAUCUCAGAGGAGUUUGCCUAUGGUAUCCAACAUUCCUAAGAGGAGAUACCAGCUCAGAGGUCUGGAGUCGAAGAAGUUAGUGGAGACGGAGAGGAAACACACCAAAAGUGUUAUAGGUGGUGAUAAAAAGGCCUCCACAGACAUGGGGAAGCCCUUGUUCUCAAAGUGUGGGAGAAAAUACCACAAUGUGUCAGAUGGGUUUGCUGCUCUGAACCCAAGAAAGAAAGGUGCUGAAUGUCCUGAAGAUGGAGAAAGAAGCAAGAGCCACAGGCAUUCUUUACAGAGAUCCCAAAAUGUUCCUACAGGAAGGAAACUGCAGAAAUGUGCUACUAGUGAUAAUGACUUCGAAUCUAGAGGGCACCUAUCAAGCCACCAGCAAAGUCAUACUGGACAAAAGCCACACCAGUGUUCUCAGGAUGAGAAAAGAAUUCAUACUGGAGAGAAACCCUAUAAAUGCUCUCAGUGUGGCAAGUGUUUCACUCUGAGACAUAUAUUGAAAGUCCAUCAAAGAAUUCAUACGGGAGAGAAACCCUAUAAUUGCUCUCAGUGUGGCAAGAGUUUUGCUAAGAGAAACACCUUGAAGAGGCACCAAAAACUUCAUACUGGAGAGAAACCCUAUAAAUGCUCUCAGUGUGGCAAGUGUUUCACUCUGAGACAUAACUUGAAAGUCCAUCAAAGAAUUCAUACGGGAGAUAAACCCUAUAAAUGCUCUCAGUGUGGCAAGAGUUUUGCUGAGAGAAACACCUUGAAGAGGCAUCAAAGACUUCAUACUGGAGAGAAACCCUAUAAAUGCUCUCAGUGUGGCAAGUGUUUCACUCUGAGACAUAUAUUGAAAGUCCAUCAAAGAAUUCAUACGGGAGAGAAACCCUAUAAUUGCUCUCAGUGUGGCAAGAGUUUUGCUGAGAGAAACACCUUGAAGAGGCACCAAAUACUUCAUACGGGAGAGAAACCCUAUAAAUGCUCUCAGUGUGGCAAGUGUUUCACUCUGAGACAUAACUUGAAAGUCCAUCAAGGGAUUCAUAUUGGGGUGAAACCAUAUACAUGCUCUCAGUGUGGCAAAUGUUUCACUCAGAGAACCAACUUAAAGGCGCAUCAAAGACUUCAUACGGGAGAGAAACCCUAUAAGUGCUCUCAGUGUGGCAGAAGUUUUACUCAGAGAAAGACAUUGAAGAAGCAUCAAACAAUUCAUACUGGAGAGAAACCUUAUUAAUGUUCUCAUUGUGGGAAAUGUUUCCGGCAGAGCUCACAUUUGAUUGUCCACCAGAGAAUCCAUACUGGAAAGAACCCGUAUUGUGCCUUGAAUGUGGAAGAGGCUUCCCUUGGCAAUAUUUGUUGAAUAGGCGCCAGAGAACUCAUAGGACCUUCAUUAAGGUGUCUUGUCUUUUGUGAAUGAAAAGAACUGUGGCCCAAAAGCUGCCCUGAACAACAGUGGUAUUUAUUUACUCUGUAGUCUGUUGUCCUCUGUAGGGUGGGAGGAAAUUGGGGGCCCUCCUUCCUCAAAUUGCUCCCCCAGCAAAAUAAUAAUUGUAUCAGUCAGGAUACACAGUUUUAAAAUAUAGAUAAGUGGGUGUUACACAAGCGUUUUUUUGUUUGUUUGUUUGUUUGUUUUUUGCUUUUUAGC